CAAGUGUUUGUAAGAGUGAGCAUUAGGAUGUGAGCUCAAUGCCAUAUUAGUCUGCAGAAUGUCAGUUAGAGAACUUUCUCUCAAGUAGUUCACUAACACCUUCAGAAUAAAAGCAGAGUGUAACUCACCGAGGAUAUUGGCAACCGAGAAGAACUGAAUAAUUUCCAGAAUGAGUCAAGCUGAGGAAAGCAGUAUCCACUCAACAUGGAAUAUUGUGCGGUCAGUAGUCUGCAUAAUACUGAGCUUGUCGUUUAUUAUUGGGACCCCUGGAAAUUGCAUCGUCAUCUGGACUGUUUGUACAAAAAUGAAGAAAGUAUCUCCUUCAGUCCUGCUGAUCUUAAAUCUGGCCAUUGCGGAUGUCCUUGUGCUGAUUACUUUACCAGUUUGGAUUUACUCCUUUGCUGACUCAUGGGUUUUUGGAGUCAUCUUCUGCAAAAUACUGGUUUUCAUUAUUUACUGCAGCAUGUAUGCGAGUAUAUUUCUAAUUACAGCACUGAGCUUGGAGCGGUUAAUGGCUGUGUUUUACCCUUUCACAAUUCAAAGAUACAAAACAAAAGAAAAAAUUUCUUUAAUCAUGUUCCUCAUUUGGUUCCUGUCUAUUACUUUUGGCAUUUCUGUCAUUCCAUUUCAAGAGACGGAAGAAACGAACGGUCGACUACUAUGCACAUGUCGUAACUACUCUUCUAACAGACAGAAAGUGUCAUAUCUUUUGCUGGAGACUCUUGCAGGUUUUGUAAUCCCUUUUUUAAUUAUUUGCACUUGUUACGUGUGUGUUGCAAGAAGAAUAAGCAGAAUGACUUACCAAUCUAAGCAGCGAUCAGAACGGCUCAUUGCCAGCAUUGUGGUGGCAUUCAUUUUAUGCUGGUUCCCUCAUCAUCUCUUUAACAUCCUAGAUAUUAUUUCAAUUCAGAUAGAACUCUCUAACAAGGAACUAUCUUUGGCACUGGAUGAAAUUGUAGGCAGAGGAGUGUACAUCUCUGGUGCACUUGUAUUCAUCAGUAGCUGUAUUAACCCUCUACUUUAUGCUUUUGCUGCCCAAAAAUUUCAGAACCACCUGAGAUUUGCCAAGAUAUCAAAGCUGUUUGAACAGAUGAGUCAGACUGUAACAGAGGAAGACAAGAAAAAAAGUUUGGGUGCAGCCAAACAAGAAGAAACUUUAGCAAGCACAGAAAAUCUUUAACAGGGAACUUUGUGAAUAGACUUAGUGAAUAAUGUGAUUCUGCAUCAUGCCUUCAUUAGUCCUUUCUCCUCGUACUCUCAGUUUUGUUUACUAAGCAGUCUGGGUAAAGCUAGAGCCAGGUAAAAGAUUUUAAAGUUUGUUUUGUGUGUUAUAAAACAAUUGGCAUUGACAGCCAAGUUCAGUUCCUAAGUUAAUAUGCAGAUCAUGAAACUAGCACUUGUACUUUCCAUUAAAAUUAUUUGUGAUUUCUAGAAUGUGUGCAGAAAUCAGAAAAGGACCAUAUGUGGACCACAGAAGCUUUGAAAGUUUAAAACUAAGUUUUUCUUCAGAAAAAGAUGUUAGCUGUUCAAAAAUCCUUAUGUAAUCUAAAGUUUUAAGAGAGCAUACUGAAAUUUUUGAUAUGGGUAAGAAUGGUUUUCAAGUACAUUAAUAACACAUAAAACUUUGAGUAGAUGGAAAAUAUAAAGCUAUUUUUAUUCAUUGCUUUAUUUAGGUUUGAAAGUAAUAAGGGUUGUUUACACAGUUAGGCUCAUUUGCUGAAUUCUCUUUUGCUAAUAGGUUUUAACAAGUAAAAUGUGAACUGUGACAUGCCUCUUCAGAAAAAAUCAGGAGGUACAAGAAUUGUGCUGUAUGACAAACACAGUUACAGCCUUCAUGCUAUAUUUGAUGUCACAUACAUUGCAUACUUCAGUGGCAAACUAUUGAUAUAUUAAAUAUACAUACUAUGGGUAUCCUCAAAGUUUCCAAGAUGUCUAUUACAUUAUGGAGGAAUUGGAUUAGGCUCUGCUGGGAGGGAAGGAGAGAUCCUUGAUACUAUUUUUAUGUGUAAGAAAAUUAUGGUAGUGAUACAAAGUGUCUAAUAUCAUAAGAACUUCACCUUCCAAAUAAAAGCAUUCUUUUCUUUUUCUUUUCUUGUAGAAUAGAAUAGACUUCGCCAUAAGAAACCGAUAAAUUUAGCGCUUGCAAGGACUUUAUUUUAGUUUUGUGCAUGUGUGCAAACUCACUGUGGAAAAACUGCAUGGCAUCAAGUGUUUGCUUUUGAAGUUUUUUUUUCAGUUAUGCCUAACAUUUUUUAUGCUUCUUGCUUAUUUUUAAGUCAAUAAUUUGUAAUAAGAUCAAAAUAACUACUGAUUACUAAGAAACAUACUGUAAUUUCCUGUACGUUGUUCUGGAGAGCUGCUAAAUGGGCAUGUUACUUAUCUUUACAAAGCAAUUACAAAUACUAGCUAGAACUUAAUUUUAAAAAUCCAGUUAUGUAACAGCUAAGGAUAUUUGAGUUGUAUUAAUUUAGCUUGUAAAUGGAAAUAAACACGGGGCAGUAAAAUCCUUA